AUGACUAUCAGGAAGUUGACAGCAACUUGUGGUUUGCAGAAGGAGCAGUUGAGAGAAAAGGACGUUGCCAUCCAGCUGCUUUACAACUUGAAAUGACCACCAUGGAAGAUAAGAUUAAAAGACUUACUACAGAGAAUGAGCAGCUAGUCCAACGAUGGAUUAACAAAAUGAACGAGGAAGCAGAGAAGAUGAAUGAGGCUACACAAUUCUACGAAAGCGCUUUAGAACAAGCAAGGAGUACAAUUGAUAAGCAAAAAUUGUCUAAAAAACAGCUGAAGGAUGACCAGAGCUCCGGUAAAACUCCAAACAUGCCAAACUACCCACUCACGAGAAUUGUGCCACCGGAAAAGGCUAGUAAAAAAGUUAAUGCACAUGAUACAGAAAUUCACUGCAUUGCAGUUUCCUCCACUGGAUCCAUAUUUGCCACAGGGGGUGCGGAUAAGAAAGUGCGGUUAUUUGAUGCCAAAACAGGGCAUUCCCUACAUUCAUUAUCGGGCGCCUUGCAAACAAUCACAUCGAUUGCAUUUAAUAUUACCGAUGACUUGGUGCUGGGGACCUGCACUGACAAUGCAACAAGAUUAUGGAGCCUAUCAACUCAUAGACUUAAGCAAACUUUGACUGGGCAUAUCGGUAAAGUCUAUGCAGCAAAGUUCACGGCGGAUUCAAAAAAAGUAUUAUCCGGAAGUCAUGACCGUACAUUGAAAGUUUGGGACCUCCAAAAAGGAUACAAUAUACGUACAAUAUUCACAUUCAGCAGCUGUAAUGAUUUGUGUCUAAUGGACCCCGAUGGACAAACAGUAAUAAGUGGGCACUUGGAUAAUACAAUAAGGCUUUGGGAUACGUGUAGUGGCACUGGCAUCAAAGAACUCACGGGUAUACACAAUGGGCAAAUUACCUCUGUUUGCAUGUCACCUGAUGGAGUGUCGCUACUAUCAAGUUCUAGGGACAAUACAUUAAAAAUUAUUGAUGUGCGAACCUAUGAAGUUUUGAAAUCAUUUCAGGCUGACAGUUAUAAAAAUGGUGUAAAUUGGGCACGAUCGACAUUUAGUCCUGAUGGGCGCUAUGUUGCGGCAGGUUCAGCAGAUGGUGCCGUGUAUAUUUGGAAUACAAGAACCGGAAAUCUGGAAAAAACUGUCGCGGAUCACAGUUCUGUUGUUUGCGGUGUUGCUUGGAAUCCUUCAGGUGAACACUUGUACUCAGCAGAGAAAAAUAAGAUCGUUUGUAUUUAUGACACAUCAAAAGACGCUCGAUCAAGAUGACAGCAGAUGUGGUUUUAGACAUUUGAAUUUGUGUUAAGAAUAAAUAAUCGAUC